AUGGAGGCGCCUGCGCCUGCACCGGUGUCCGCACCCGCAGAGGUCGUACCGUCGGUCGAGAAUCCCACCCACGACGAUAAACAUGAAGACCUCGCGAACAAACCUGCGUUGACUCCGCCUACGAGCGAAGACAUGGACAAGCGGGACGAAAGGAUGUCGUCGGAGCUGUCUGAACUAGACAGUGAUGACGGCGAGGACAUUGAGCCCGACCAUUACUGGGACGGUGGAAAGAUACCUGUGUUCAAGCCGACAAUGGACCAGUUUCGCAACUUCAAACGGUUCAUCGACAAGAUCGACAAAUACGGCAUGAAAUCUGGGAUCGUCAAAGUCAUCCCCCCAACCGAAUGGCGCGACUCACUUCCCGAUCUGUCCGAAGCCGUGAAGACGAUCAAAGUCAAGAACCCAAUUACGCAGGAGUUUGCUGGUCAGCAUGGAAUCUACACACAGGCGAAUAUCGAAAAGCAGCGAUCAUACAAUCUGCCCGAAUGGAAGGCAGUGACAGAGGAAGCUCAUCACCAACCACCGGUCAGGCGGGGCGAGCGUCGGAGAGCUGCCGCUGAAGCCCCGUCGCGUAACCGCUCCACUAGAGCUCAGACCAACACCGCAAAUGCCGAUGGCGCCUCUCCUGCCCCGAAACGUGGACCUGGCCGACCACGACGUGGCCGCGCCGCUAAGAAAGAAGAGGUCGAUGAUGAGGACACUGCUUCGAUUGAUGUUCCACCGACGCCCAAGUCACCUGGCCCAGAGGAAGACAAGAAGACGUCGGUCAAGAAGAUCAAGGAAGAAGAACUCGAUGAGUCGCCCGUGCGAUCACGUGGCCGUCAACCACGUGGUCGUCAACCAAGAGGCGAUACGAAGAAGUCGACCGCAUCCCGCCGAAUGAACAAUAGGACCGCAAUGGCAGACUAUGUCGAUGAGGCUGCCUUCGAGGAUUUCGACUACCAUCUCGACAAUGUUUCCGAAUUCAGUGCUGAUCGUUGCAAAGAACUGGAAGAGAACUAUUGGAAGACCGUCAACUUCGGUCAGCCAAUGUACGGAGCCGACAUGCCUGGAUCUCUAUUCGACGAACGGACGACGAGCUGGAAUGUCGCGAAGCUUCCGAAUUUGCUCGACGUGCUUGGGACUAAAGUGCCCGGUGUCAAUACCGCAUACCUGUACCUGGGCAUGUGGAAGGCAACCUUCGCAUGGCAUCUUGAAGAUGUUGAUUUGUACAGUAUCAACUACAUUCAUUUCGGUGCUCCCAAGCAAUGGUACAGUAUCUCCCAGGCAGAUGCUCGAAAGUUCGAGGCAGCGAUGAAGCAGAUAUGGCCGAACGAUGCGAAGAAUUGCUCCCAAUUCUUGCGCCACAAAACAUAUCUCAUAUCACCUGAGAAGCUUGAGAAAAAUUUCGGCAUCAAAGUGAACCGGUUGGUGCAUUACGAGGGCGAGUUCGUCAUCACGUAUCCUUACGGUUACCACUCUGGCUACAACAUCGGCUACAAUUGCGCUGAAUCAGUCAAUUUCGCAAACGAAUCAUGGCUGAGUUAUGGCAGAAUUGCCAAGAAGUGCCUGUGCGAGUCAGACAGCGUUUGGGUCGAUGUCAAUGAGAUUGAACGCAAGUUGCGCGGCGAACCGACACCCGAAUACAUUGAAGAGACAGAUUCCGAGGGCGAAGAUGAGAUUGAUCAUCUACCAAGUCCUCCGCCGAGCGUUGCCGGGAAGGCCAGAAGCAAACCUGGCCGUAAACCUGCGGGUAACAAGCGCAAGAGGGGCAAUAAGGAACCUGAAGAGGCGCCCAAACGGAAAGUGCGCCGUAUUCGCAUUCGCAUCAAGGUGCCUGGUCGGGGAAUGCCUUGCAUCCUAUGUCCUAAUGAUGUUGAGUACGACGAACUAUUGCCCACAGACAAUGGUAUGAAGGCGCAUCGCAUCUGCGCAGAUUACACUCCCGAAACGUACAUUUUACAGAAGAACGGCGUGGAGACCAUCUGCAACGUUGCCAACAUUGGCAAAGACCGGCUGGAGCUCAAGUGCAAUUACUGCCGAUCGAAACGUGGAGCUGUCUUCCAGUGUUCGCAGAAGAAGUGCACCAGGGCUUUCCAUGCUACUUGCGCGAUGGCCGCCGGUGUCCAAGUCGAUCUUGGGCCAAUGCCUACUUUCGACGAAGAGGGUACCGAGUACUACUACGAUGGUUACGACUUCCGAUGCCGCUUCCACCGACCGAAGAAAAGGAACAACAAGACCGUGGAUGUGGAUUAUUUGGAGAAAGACAAGUUCAUUAUGAACUAUGCCAAGGGUCUCAAACCAAAGGACGCCAUUCAAUUCCAGUAUGUUGGUGGGGAGAUGUACCAGAUUUAUGGCGGUCUGGUGGUCGAGAACCGUCCUGGAGAGCAAGCUUUGCUCGUAGACGUUCUACCUGACGGUGACCGCGUUGAAGUUGAGUGGAAAUACAUCCUGAAGCUCGCUCCAGAAGACUCGCAGCGACCGAAGCCUUCUGCUAACGCCAAACCACUGCCGGAUCAUCUCAAAGAAAAUGAUGCCUCUCUCGACAUCAGCAACCGCACGGAUGGCGUUCCUGAGAUGGGCGAUCCGUUCCAUGACCCCAACUCGGAUCAGAAAUGGGCCGAAUUCAAUACCGCCGAGGCCGUGAUUCAGAAAGUCGCCAAAGUUGACUUUUCCAAGCCCAACCAUGUGUGGUUUUAUCUUGGGAAAAAUUCAACUGAAGCUCGACCGCAGUAUACGCACGACCUAUCGAAACGUGUGCACAACCCCAAGAGCAAUUUCUUGGACACAGUCAAACCUCCACCACCGGUCAUUCCGCAUUACCAAUAUCAGCAACGCUCUUAUCCUGCGUCGUACCCCAUCAAGCCUGCACCCGGUCCUACCUAUGGUAUUCCACCUCGAACGCCGACGCAGCAGCAGCAGCAGCAGCAGCAGCCUAAACCUUACCAGUACAAGCCGAAAGAGUCAAUGAUGCACACUUUCAGAGCUCCAGCGUACAAUCCAGACACGCGUAAGAACCCCAAUUCGCCUGUUGCGCAUCAACCCAAUGUUACGUACGACUAUCGGGCUGCUGGUUCUCCCUAUGGGCAAUCAACCUACCAUUCGAGCUAUCACUCUUCACGACCAUCACAGGGCGGCUACAUACCUUAUGCUCCACCACAAUCGUAUUCUACUAAUGCGAAGUCGCCAACGACAAGCAAGCCGGCACCACUUACUGGUAUGCAUCAAUACGCUCAGUCGGCUCCGUCAUCAGCGCUACAGCCGAAUCCAUAUCAACUACCUCCUUUGCCAUAUUCACAAAGCCAAGGACCGGUGCCACGUCCAGUCUACAGUCCACCUGCAGGCCGACCUGGCUCACAAUCACAGCCAUAUCACGGUGGCGCGCCAGCUUCCCACACAAUGAGUAACCCCACUGGGACCUCCAAACCUCCUAUGUACGCCACAAUGCAUUCCUCCCUUUCCGCACAACCCCCUUCGUCGCAAGCUGAAUAUCUUGCCUACGUGACAAAAUAUCCCUAUCUGAAAAACGCCUUCCUAAGGAGAGCAAAAACUUACAUAUCUCCUUAUAGUCCAAACGGCGGGUUUACGCCCGAGUGGGCUCCCAAAGUAUCCUCCGCUUCCAGCGGACCAUUAAACAUGAUGCCGCCUAUGCGACCGGGCCAGCCUAGCCCAGGCCUGGGUCUGAAUUUCGGUGGAGCGAUGUCGCCAAGUCUACCAAUGCCGAGGCCGACCGCGCAGUUUCAGUCGCCAGAUGCCUUCCGACAAGAUCUGAACAAAGCACCUAGACCACUAUCUGGGGCGCCAAAGUGGGAGACAAUGCUCAAACAUCUUGGGACUACGACUGGACAGCCCGCUCCAUCAAACUCGACGACUUCGCACAGUCCUCUACCUGCCUUGGCUCCAGCUCCGGUUAGCAGGCCGGUGCCUGGCGGUACUCCUCUUGCCCCUACGCCCAUGGCGCCGCAAACUCCAAGCACUUCGCAGCAGCCGACUAAGAGUGCGUCGCCUUUAGCCAUCGAUCCUGCUCUCCAGAGCCAUACUCUACCAUUGCCUCCACCGAGUGCAGUUUCGCACCCAACACCGACUCCACUUGGCGAAAAACCGAAUACACCUCAGCGGCCAGACUACAGCCCCAUUAGCGACAAUGGGGAAACGAGACCAGUACCCUUGGGGGCGGCGCCGUCGAAUGUAAUGCCGCCGGCGCAUACGGGCGAGACCUGGAGGUACAGUUAG